AUGAAUAAAGGAAAUAAACAAACUAUUACAAAUAAACCAAAAGUAGCAACACCACCAGUUGCUACCAACAAGAAAACAGAAAAACCAGUUGUUCCAGUUAAAAAUAACAUCCCAACUAAACCUGUAUUAAAUAAUAAAAACAACACAGCUGUAAAUAAAAAAGAAAAUGAAAAACCAGUUUUAGGCAAAAAGAGAAAAGAUGUUGAAGAAGAAGAAGAGGAAGAAGAUGAAGAAGAAUUAAGCUUUGGAAAUAUUAAUGAAGAUGGUUUUAGCGAUGAAGAUGAAGAAGGUGAUGACGAAGAAGAAGAAGGUGAUGAUGACGAAGAAGAAGAGGAAGACGAAGAAGAGGUUGCAACUUUUGAGGAAGAUACUGGUAUUAACAGAGCUUUAUUAGAAAAUGAAGAUUCAUUAGUUGAAUACAAUUCAGAUGAUGGAGAAGAGGAAAGUAUUAACAGUGGUAAUAUUUCAUCAUCAGCCGCAACAUCAGGUGCUGAAGAAGACGGUAAAAGAUGGUCAAGUGAUCCAAAUCAAUUUUAUGAUAGUGAAGAUUCAUCAGAAGAUGAGACAAUUGUCAAUAGAAUUGGUAAUAUCCCAAUUGAAUGGUAUGACGACUUUGAUCAUAUUGGUUACGAUGUAGAUGGAAAUAAAAUUAUGAGAAGUGAAUCAACUAAAGAUUCAAUCGAUAGAUUUUUGGAUCAACAAGAUCCAAACUUUUGGAGAACAGUUUAUGAUAAGGUUAAUGAUAAGAAGGUUGUACUCAGUGAUGAAGAUAUGCAAUUAUUAAAGAAUAUUCAAAAUAGAAAUUUCAUUCCUGGUUUCAACCCAUAUGAAGAUUGGUAUGAUCCAGGACCAAACCCAGACAGUAUUCAUCCACUUCACAAUGCACCAGUUCCAAAACGUUCAUUCCUUCCAUUUGGUACAGAUGAAGAAAGAGAAAUCCGUCGUCUUACUCAUGCUAUUCGUAUGGGAUGGAUUAAAAUCAGUCACAAAAAGAAAGAAAAGAAGAACAAUUUCGAUUUAUGGGGUGAUGGUACUAAUAGUGAAGAAAAGCAAAAAGGUAUUAAACGUAUUCCAGCACCAAAACAAAGAUUACCAGGUAAUGUUGAAUCAUUUAAUCCACCAGAAGAGUAUCUUUUAACAGAUGAUGAAGUUAAAGCUUGGCAUUUAAUGGACCCAAGAGAGCGUCCACACAAUUUUAUACCACAAAAAUACAAAAGUCUUCGUCAAUUACCAAUCUACAACAAAUUAAUUAAAGAACGUUUCGAACGUUGUCUCGAUCUUUAUUUAUGUCCACGUAAAUUAAAGACUAGAGAAUUCAUCAAAGAUGAAACUAAAUUCCUUCCAAAGCUUCCAAAACCACAAGACUUACGUCCAUUCCCAUCACACGAAGAACUCCAAUUCCUUGGUCACAGCGCUCGUGUUAGAUCAAUUUCAAUUAGUCCAAACGGUCAAUGGUUAGCUUCAGGUUCAGAUGAUUGUACAAUUAAAAUUUGGGAAAUCUCAAGCACUCGUUGUGUAUAUUCACUUAAAGUUGAAAACGAAAUUCAAAGCGUUGCAUGGAAUCCAAAUCCAUUAUAUAACAUCCUCGCCGCAAGUUACAGCAAUAAAAUCAUUAUUAUUACACCACCAAUUUAUGGCCCAGAACAAAAUCAAGAAACUGAAAAAAUCAUUACCAAACCAAACACCGAAUCAACAAGCGAAGAACAACAAAAUAAAUCAGUUAAUUGGUAUAAUGUCACUGACAGUACUUUGAAAGAAAGAGGCGUUCGUAUUGAAAUUCACCACCCAUUCACUGUUAAAAAUCUUACAUGGCAUUAUAAAGGUGAUUACUUUAGCAGCACUUCACCAGAAGAAGGUACUCGUUCAGUUAAAAUUCAUCACCUCAGUAAAAGAGCCACCCAAACUCCAUUCAGAAGAUCCAAAACACCAAACCAAGUCACACGUUUCCAUCCAUCCAAACCAAUUUUCUUUGUUGCCGAUCAAAAUAUUAUUCGUGUUUAUGAUUUAAUGAAGCAAGAAUUAAUAAAGAAAUUAAUCACUGGUUGUAGAUAUAUUUCAUCCAUUGAUAUUCAUCCAGGUGGUGAUAAUGUUAUUAUGGGUGGUUACGAUAAGAGAGUUUCUUGGUUCGAUUUAGAUCUCUCUACUCGUCCAUAUAAAGUUUUAAAUUACCAUAAAAUGGCUGUACGUAAAGUUAUCUACCAUCCAACCCUUCCAAUCUUUGCCUCUUGCUCCGAUGAUCUUUCAAUUCAUGUUUUCCACGGUAUGGUUUAUGACGAUUUACUUCAAAAUGCUUUAAUUGUACCACUUAAAAUUCUUAAAACUCAUCAAUCUGUAAAUGAUCUUGGUGUUUUAGAUAUAGCUUUCCAUCCAAAACAACCUUGGAUUUUUAGUUCAGGUGCUGAUUCAACCAUCAGAUUAUAUACCUAA